AUGUUAGCCUUGACAGAGUUUGAUUUACAAUACGUCCUAACAAAAGCUGUGAAAGGACAGGUCAUUGCAGAUUUUCUUGUUGAUAAUUCGAAUAAUCUGAAUGACCAGGGGGCAAAUGUGAUCGACGUUGAGGUCGAUUAUUGGAAGUUAUAUUUUGAUGGAUUGAAGCACAAAGAUGGUAAAGGUGUAAGGAUUCUUAUUGUUUCGCCAGAAGGAAUUCCAUCAAAAUUUUUAUUCGAGUUAAAAUAUCCUUGCUCAAAUAAUAUGGCAAAGUACGAAGCUCUGAUUUUGGGACUCGAAAUAUUAAUUAAUAAAGGAGCUUUGGAAGUUCAAAUAUUAGGGGAUUCUCAAUUAGUUUUGAAGCAGUUAUCGAAGGAGUUUAAAUGCAAUAAUGAGAUGUUGCAAAAGUAUUUAACAACUGCUUGGGAGUUGUUAACCUCCUUUCAAAAAGUUUCUUUGGUUCACAUCCCAAGGAUUCAAAACAAAAUUGCUAAUGAGUUAGCCCAAAUUGUUUCGAGAUACUAA